AUGGGUCUUAUCGGGUUAUUUUGGAUAGUCAAAGGUCGUCAAUACGUCAGAAGACCAGUACAUGAAUGUACAAUAUGUCAACGACAGGAAGGAAUCGUUUACAAACCGCCGGAUACACCAGCAUUACCAGUAUUCAGGAUAACCAAAGAACACCCUUUCACAUACACAGGAGUCGACUUUGCCGGACCGCUCUAUGUGAAACAAACAGAAACAAUGGUGAAGGUUUACAUGGUUAUAUACACUUGUGCUGUAUCGCAGGCCGUACACUUGGAUGAUGUAAGCGACAUGACUGCAGAAGCAUUCAUACGAAGUUUUAGAAGAUUCACGGCACGUCGAGGAAUACCCCGAGAAGUAAAAUCAGACAAUGGAAAAACUUUUAAAGCGGCUUCAAACCAACUAGCAGCUCUAUUCGAAAUUCCGGAAGUGAAGAAAUACCUUUCAGAUAAAAAAAUAAGAUGGACAUUCAACCUUGAGAAGGCACCAUGGUGGGGAGGUUUCUUCGAGAGGCUGAUUAAGAGUGUGAAAAGAUGUUUAUACAAGAUCCUAAAAAAUGCCAGAGUCACGAACGAAGAGCUCUACACCGUACUUACGGAGAUAGAAGCAACACUAAACUCGAGACCGUUAACAUAUGUAUCUACGGAGGAUCUAGACGAACCAAUUACACCUUCGCACUUGAUAACUGGAAGAAGAAUAAACUCGUUGCCGGACGCAGGUAAACCAGGUGUAGAAUCGGAACUUGAAGAAAUAACUAACAAUAAAGCUGAAAGAAGAGUAUUGUAUUAUAAAACUUUAAAGGAACACUUUUGGUUGAGAUGGAAGAAUGAGUAUCUGCUUGAAUUGCGCAAUGCACACCGACAGAAAACAAAACAACAAAAGGGAAAUGGCAUUAAGGUUGGAGAUGUUGUAGUUAUACACGAAGAGAACGUGUGUAGAGUAAAGUGA